AAGUUUUCAAAAACCCAAACUAAAUCAAGUCCAUUUUACAGAAGCAAAAUGGUAUGCCGCUGCAGCGCAACGCCACCCCGUAGACGUAAACCAGUUCUGCACCUGCGCUUGGUCCCAGGCACCAAGAACACCGCACAGCAGCGUCGCUACUCAACCACACCGCCGUCGCGUAGACGUGAACAAGCUCUUCAUCUUCGGCUAGCCCCAGGGAAAAAGGGUGCUACACGACGACGUCGCGAUUCAAUCACGCCUUCACUAAGUCCACGCGAAUCAAUUGAGCAUCAGCGCGUACCUUCAUGCAAGAAUAACAAUAGAGAACGACCUCGAAAGUUAACUUCGAUUCCACUUCUUCGGCGUGCACCAGCUGGACAUCCAUAUGAAGCAGCAUGCAACAAAGUCCUUGCACCACAGCGUCGUGAUCAAACC